AUGCCUCACAAUUCUCCGCCUCGAAAUUUCUCCCCUCCAUCCCCAAGCUUCGUCACCCCAGACGGCGACGAAGUCCGUGUGCCCGCGCCGCCCAUGCAGUCACCCACAGCGUCGACGAUUUCCCGGAUCGAGGAGCCUCGGCUUGGAGCUGGACAGGCGGCAGAAGCCGUCGAGGGUACCCGAUGCCGGGAGGCCACGCGCAUUCUCGCAAGACGCGCCUGCGAUGCGUGCCGUGCGAGGCGGAGGAAAUGCUUCUUCACCCGCUCGCUUGGCAAGGCAAGCCAAGUCUCUGGUGCUAGCGAGGACCACCCACAGCCGCGGGAUCGCCUUCUCAAUGGCGGCCAGAAUGUAAUUCGAGACGAGAUGGACGAGACUGCUCGCUCACCGGUCAGCGUCCGGUCUGGGAAGGCAGAUGAAAGGAGUCCUUCCCACCAGCGGAACGCGAUUACAGUUGCCGCAUCCCAGAGCCAGUCUCCCGGUCUCGAGGUAGCCGAUGCAAGAGUCAAUCUCCACCGCGAGACUCCAGCGAUCGAAGCUCACCACCACUUCUCUCCUAUGGUCGGCGAUAGGGGAGUCAUAACAGAUGAGCUUUGCCGUCGAGAGGUCCUCGAAAUCAUCAUAGGGGAUUAUCUCGACUUCAUAUACCCGCUUGUCCCAGUAGUACACCGCCCGAUUUUUCGCGCCCACUUGGCCUCGCACCGCGAUGCCCACGACGCAGAAUUCUUCGAGCUCCUCUUGGCCCUCACCGCGUUGACGAUCGGCCUGCUUCCGUCGCGGUUCCCCUACUACCAGUCUCUGGAUUCUGGGCUCGCGUCACGCUUCCAGACGAGAACGGCCAUGAUCAACUUCUGCGCUGAGCGCUGCGCGCACCUGCGGACGGUGACGUAUUGGGACCACGUCAGCCAGAGGAAGUGGGCCGUCUGCUAUUGCAUAUCUGUGGCGUGUUUCCAGACGGGCCAGACGAACCGGAGCCGUAUGUUUGAGAUCGAGGCGAUGCAAGUCGGUCGUCUGCUGGGUAUCCAUCGCAUCGCCGACUAUGAAGGGCUCAAUUGCAUCGAGACGCAGCUUCGGAAGAAGGCGUUCUGGCUCCUGUUCUACACCGCAGCGCAUGCGUGGCAUCAAUGCUGUGGACGCCAGGAACGGUUGUCGUUUUUCGACCCUUGGAAGAUGCACGAAAUCAAUUUCGAAGCCCUGUUCCCACUCGAAGUUGACGACGAGCAGAUCUUUGAACAUGAAAUCAGGAACAGCCCAUCAGCGUCGAGUCCCGAAUGCUCGAGGACGCCCGGCGACCAAGAAAAGAUCGUAUCCUCAAAUCUCACCAGCGGCUUCAACAUUCACACCAGGGUCUUCUUCAAAAGCAUGCGCAUAGCCCUUGCUCCGGGAAACAGCGAGUGGGAGCACCUUGUCCCACCGGAGAAGCGGCUAUCCGACCUUCGCCAGCUGCUAGAUGAGGUUCGGUACAUGCUGGACGACAUCCCAAGCCAGAUGCGACAGUGGGCUCCUUGGGCCACCGAUGAACCAGCGGCUGUUUCUAAUAAUCUAGCCUCAACUCCAAGUCCCGGUCCUUGGGACCGGACCGUCGACACCGCGGCGUCACCAGACGACGCAAAUGCCAGAGCACUGCCAGGCCAGCUCCAAACCAUGAGAGCUAAUCUUCACGGAACGCACCUGUGGGUGCAGAGUGCGAUUCUAGACCGCAUCGACAUCAUACUGCAGGAACAGGCACAGCAGCAGCCGGGACACGAGUCAACGGGUGCCCUCAAGGCAAGCUGGCUGGAGCGCGAGGACGUCUGUCGUCAGAUGCUCCAUCUGCUCCACAGCAUGCCUUACGACUAUCAGGAGCCCAAUGGACUGUAUCUUGCAUACAAGGUCCGCGAUGUCGGAGUCGCAUUACUGAAUUGUCCCUUCGACGCUCAGCAACCCUCCGCGCGACGCGCCGCUGGCUACAUACAGGAAUUUGCCCAGGUUCUGUCUCGUCUCGAUCGCAGUGAGAUGCUGAACAUGAGUAGUCUCAAGAGUUGGGUCGAUACGGAUCGUGAGAAACCGGUGAUACUAUAG